UCAUUUCAGUUUUGGCGUUUUCCCGAGACGCCGCGGGUCUCUUCUCUCUGUACCGCGACGACAGCGGAACGUUGCGGCAGCAACGAGGGAAAAGCCAGCGGACAUGCAGCAGCAUCGCACGGCUAAACGAGGUGGUGCCGCGUCAAGGGCCGGGUCACGUCGUUAACCCGCGUCGUUCCCCGGGAGGAAACAUUGACGUGCGUCCGGGGACCGAUCGCGGGCACAAGUGCAAGUGAUUCUACGAUGUAGUCCUUGUAAUCGUAAACCGCGCGGUUCCGUCCGUUCGUUCUGUCUAUUCAUCUGUCUCUGUCCUUAUCUCUCUCUCUCUCUCUUUCUCUCUCCCUCGUCGAGGACGUCGUCGUCCGGGCCGGUGUCGCAUACACGGUAUCGGUAAAAUCGAUCUCGCACGUGUCAAACGUCGUACGUACGCCGGAUUGUUUGAACGAUGGCCAGCUCGCCCACCAGCAUCGAGAACCAGAUCGACAGCUUCCUGGAGCAGUUCAAGCGUAGCGCCUCCCGGGCGAUGGAGGAGACCGCCGCUCUUCGCUCCAGCAGCGGCUACAACGCCUGCAGCAGCAGCAUUAGCCGCAGUCGUAGCGGCAACCUGGACCUGGAGCUGCUCGAGGCGGAAGAUGUAGAGAGUAUGACAGGCGAGAUAGAAAAUGGAGACUUGGCAGUUCGAGACGUUGCAGACCUUCUCCAGGCACAAUAUGCUAUUAUUGCUGGAGGAAAAACGCGAGAGGGAUGUCCUAUAAUUACAUUUCCAGACAAUGGCAAUUUUCAUAAUUUGACUGACUUGGACUAUCAACGUCUCAUGUUAUACCUUACUUCUGUGCCAACGUUGCAAGAAGCUGAUCUUGGAUUUCAUUUGAUAAUUGAUCGAAGGAAUGAUAAAUGGAACUCUGUGAAAACGGUGCUUCUGAAAAUUUCUGUAAGCAUUUUCCCUGGUCUAGUGCAUGUAGUAUAUGUGUUGCGACCUGCCGGAUUUUUACAGAAAGCCAUUUCGGAGGUGUCGAAUAAACUGUUCCGAGAGGAUUUCAAGUUUAGAGUUAUAUUCUUGGCUAACAUCGUCGAGCUUCACGAGUUUAUAGAAACAAAUCAGCUUACCGAGCCGCUCGGUGGCAAUUUACCGUAUUGUCAUCACACUUGGAUACAGAAUAGAAUUAGUCUGGAGAAGUUUUCAUCAAUGACGCAGGACGUGUCCCUCGCGUUAGACUCCUUUACGCGACGUUUGGCCGAAGUGGAAUUUCCUAACAAUACUAUUGCUACGACCACAUUAUUGUCGCAGCAACAAGCUGAGUAUAACGAAUUAAAAGAAGAGAUACUUAGCGCUGCCAGGCAUGGAGAAGCUCUUUUAGAUAGUGUACGGCAGUUAACUGGAAAAGGAACGGCCGAUAGAUUGGGAAAUGUUGCAGCAGUAGAAAGGUUACUCGUUCAGUUGGAGGAAACCGAGAGAACCUUUGACUUGUUUUGGUCACAUCAUAGCUCACGUUUGAGACAUUGUUUGGCACUGAGGCAAUUUGAACAAGAUUUUCGAGAAUUACAAGCGACGUUAGAUCAGCAUCUAAAGACGGUUGAAGAAAUGACGGAGGUCGGGGAGACUCAAGUGCGAGUGGAGCAGUUACUACAUGACACAUCGGCAUUUCAACGAAUAUGCAGAGGAGACAUAGAUCGCGCGGAAGAGGUGAUAUCCGCUGGUCAACAGCUAUUGUCCGGCAGGCAUCAGUGCCCGACUGACGUCGUGGAGCCCAAAUGCGUGGAGCUGCAGAGAGUCUGCACCAUCCUCAGUCAGAGACUGGAAAGACGAUUGCACAUGUUGACGAAAUGCCGGGAGCUUAUGGAACGUAUAGAUAAGGCCAACACUUGGUGCACGCGAGGAAUAGAAUUGCUGGCGUCGCAGAACAGCACCACGCUGCCGGAUCAGGCACUUCAAGAACUGCAGCAGUUGAUCGAAGCCGCGGAGGAGUUCCACCAUCCUCGAUGUAUCUUCCAAGAUUCCGUGAUGCCGGAGACCAAAGCGCUCAUCACGCAAGUUUUGCAAAGGAUAGAAGAUGUGUCCUUGAUGUGCGACAAGAGGAUAAUGGCACUAAAACAGCAAUUGAUCAAACCAGCCAGACCAGUACAAACCGUCACUCCAGAACCAGUCAAACCUUUGCAAUCACUGCCUCAAACUGUAAAGCCCAGCAGAGUUCUCAAAAAGGCCAAUACUAUGCCAAAGAUGGAGAUGAGUCCUAUAGAAGGAGAAUCCUCGUCACCGGAGAGUGAGCCUCGAGACAUCGAGGCUUUGCGUUUAAAACGCGGCCACGUCUUGACAGAACUUGUGGAAACCGAACGAAUCUACGUCACCGAACUUGGUUCGAUCAUUAAAGGUUACAAGAUGGAAAUGACGAACGAAGCGAUGGUUCAUUUGAUACCAGCUGCACUGGUGGGCAAGGCGGACGUAUUGUUUGGCAAUUUAGAGGAUAUUUGUAUUUUUCAUGGUGAAACGUUUCUAAGAGACUUGGAGAAUUGCAUUUCGAAUACUGAGCUGGUCGCUUUGUGCUUUGUUCAGAGACGCGAGAUAUUCUUUAGAUUGUACAGUUAUUAUUGUCAGAAUAUUCCACGAUCCGAGAGAUUGCGUGAACAGAUACAGACUGAACCGCAGUUUCUCGCAGCCUGUCAACAGAAACUUGGUCACAAGCUGCCGCUCGCUGCCUAUCUUCUCAAGCCCGUUCAACGGAUCACCAAGUACCAAUUGUUGUUAAAGGAUUUAUUAAAGUAUAGUGACGAACCUUCAUGCUGCACCGAACUGCAAGAGGCGCUUGAUUGCAUGCUAGUCGUGUUAAAAUGCGUCAAUGACAGCAUGCAUCAAACUGCAAUAACAGGUUUUGGAGGCGAUCUGAGCGCACAGGGUGAAUUGCUGUUACAAGGCUCAUUUAGCGUUUGGAGCAGCAGCAAGCGAGAACGACUAUUGCGACUGAAACCAUCUCAACGGCAUAUCUUCUUAUACGAGAAGGCUUUGAUAUUUUGUAAGCAUAGCAAGCCUCAAGCCCACAACAAGGCCACGUACCAUUUUAAAAGAUAUUUGAAGAUGUCGCAGAUUGGUUUGACAGAGUCAGUGAAAGGCGACGCUAAACGAUUCGAGAUAUGGUUGCAGGGCAGAGCUGAGGUACACACGAUACAAGCUCCUAGCAUCGAUGUUAAACAAUCCUGGGUGCGUCAGAUCAAGGGCGUUCUGAUGUCACAGUUAGCCGAACUCAAGGGAAAGCAGAAUUCGGCUCUUGGAAAAUCCAAUCAUAAACCGUUACGACAAACAAUUUCGUGGGAAGCUCAAAGCAGUCUCUCGGGAUCUUUGCGAACGCUAUCCGUCGACGGUAACAGCGUUAUCUCACACAUGACUGAUGUUUCGCAAUCCACGGAGGAGGACGCGGCAUGGAGUUCGGAAAAUAGUAAUACGGAUGAAGAAGACGCUUUUGGCGACAGUCCAGGACCAGCACCAGGUGGAAGAUACGUGGCGUUGGCAGAUUAUUGCGCAGUGGGACAGUCGGAAGUCACGAUGCGCGAGGGUGAUACCUUGGAGCUUCUCAAGGUCGGCUGUGCUGGCUGGUGGUUUGUAAAACUGAUCGGCACUGGCAUGGAAGGCUGGGCACCCGCGGCGUACCUGGAACCAAUUAGCCGCAAAACCUCACGUAGUUCGCAGUCGGUUAAUAGUCAAGAGGCUAUAUGAAACAGGCGACUAACACACUAGAGAGUCUGCUAGUGUGUUAGAUUCUUUGCUUAUCUCAAGUUUUGAGAUCGCUAGUUGUAUUGAGAAACAUUUACUAUUGACAACGGUAAGCAUUUUCUAAAUGUGACGGGUGCGAAGUCGGUUUUUUGGAAAUCUUUUACAGAAUUCAAACACACGAUGAUGAGUUACAUCAUUUUGCAUCUUUCUUGUAUAAGACAAGUAUGCAAUGCUUGACGUUGAACGACGUCUUUGUAUUUGCAACAUGAGAAUCGUUAAGUUAAAUGAGUGAUAAGAUUUUUACGUUUACGGGAAUUUUAUACUAAUGCAUACCUAUUAAGAAGAGAUGGAAUAUGAUGGAGAGGAGAAACUUUAUUGUUCGCGAGCGCAAACUGGCGUUUACUGAAUUGUACAAAACGUAGCGUUGAGUUAAGUCGGGAUAUUUACGUGCACGGACGCACAAAAUGGAAGCACAGACGUGAUCCUGUAUCGAUCACGACAAUUUCUAUAACAAUAAUUGCACACAAUAUUGUAAUCAACAAAAGAGAGAGAGAGAGAACGCUGCUGAUGUUAAACGUACCCUCGUUCGGUUACUUCGUUAAAAAUCACCACGAAGGAGUACCUAAUCCAUUGAAUGAGAUGUAGGUUUUACUUACGACCCGGGUAAUUAAAUAUUGGCUAUGUGUACGCGAUUAUUCCAAAGUUUAUUAUGAUAAGAAUCGUUGUAGGAGACACACUUUCGUCCAUAAUGUUUCACUGACGAUCCGAAAGAAACAAUCUUAUCCUUGCUUGGUGUAUAUGAUACCUUGCUUGGUGUCGCGAGUAAGUCAGACAAAUGUUGUCGUGUCAGUUGUGUAUCAUCAUACGUUGGCUUAGAGUAGGGUAGAGUUUUAGAUGCAUCGUCAUCACAAUCGAAAAUAGUACAAUUUAGCGCAGUUUUGCGAGCUUUUGAAGAGUAUUUUAGAUGAUUUGUUUGCGACGGUUGAGGUGUUUUCGCUUCCCGGGAUUGAAUUUAGGAAUUUUGCAAAGACUAUCGAAAAAUAUAUAGAUCCCCUCGAGCCUUCGAAGACAAGAGAAAUGUGUGAUACAAACGUUAGAGAUCGAUGCUUCUGCGAAUUCUGAUAAUUGUAAAAAUUGCAACAAAAAGAUGCAGAAAAACAAAUGUUUAAUUAAUAUAUCGCCAUUCGUAGGACGUUAGAUAUAUAUUGUUGACGAGUCGUUUACGACCAAAUAGGCUUGAAAUAUUAUGAAUUUGAUGACUAUGAUGUAAACCAUUCAUUUUGAAAAAAUAAUACUGAUAGAGGAAGGAAGAGAGGGAAAAAGGAGUUAAAGAGAAUCUUAUACAACGUAUAUACAAAUUUUCUAGGAGGCUAAACGGUUAACACCAACAGUAACACGCAAUAUCCGAUAUACCGAUAUAAAUCUUAACACACCUAAAAUAUACUUUAGGACUAUAAUAAGCUAUCUCUCAGUUCUCUCUAGCGGAUUUCGUAACCCACCAAUUUCAUAUAAGUCUCUACUAUAAUAUAUAACAAUAUGUAUGAUAGCAUCAUUUGUACCGAACAUUUGUAUGGAUAACAUAAUUUUAAGGGAUUAUCUCGAUCGUUACGAUUUUUUUGCCAACAUUGUAUACGCGUAUUAUUAAUUAAUGUCCGCUCCUAUACGAUAUAUACAUACAUAAGGACAUGCAUAAUUUCGUCGCAACUUUUGAUAUAGCCUAUGAGUCUUGCUUUUGGUAUAGCCUAAUGAGUCUUGCUUUUGGUAUUUAUAAUUCGAGUAUUAUUAUUAUUAUAUAUGUAUAUUAUUAUAGAGAGAGCACGAUUCUACAUAUUUAUUAGACAUUUAUUAGAUAGAUAUAUUUAUAAAAAAUAGAGAAUUAUUUGUUAUUGCGAAAUAUAUAAUAUAUGUAAAUUGCAGCAGUCGGAUUAUAUUAUAUUAGGCUAGUCCAGGCUGGUACAGACUACUAAUUUACAGCCAUAAAUAUAAUAUAUAAUGCAUUGAAAGCUGUAAUCCCGGCAAUUUUAUAAUUAUAAACGAAAAAGAAAUGUAUACGAAUUAAUUUUUUUAACGAGAUGCUGCGUUUAUAUACACUCCAAUUAUGUAUAAGUAUCAAUGUCUCUGUUGCAACUUUUACUUUCAAUAUCUUUGUAAGAUCUAUGCACAUUAUACGUAAGAUUUUCGAAACAUUGCAAUAUUUAUUCCCUUUAUGACAUAUUAAGCAAUCUUUUUGUUUUUUUUCGUCCUGGAGCGCUGUUAUUAUUACGAUUUUAUUUAAAUUCCAUUUUUGAAAAUAUUUCGACAUCAAAAUUACGAGUGCAAUUAUACUGAAUUUAGAACUGAUUAAAGUAGCGAGUCUAAUCUCAUCUUAAGUUUAUUCCUGUCAAUUAAUAAUUAAGAAAACAGUUGAAUCCUGUAACAUAAUAUUUCGUACAAUGUGCAUAGGCUUUUAGUCGCACUUGGAGUUGUAUUAUAAUAUAUCCUCGUGUAUUAAUCUAUUUGUAUGCCGUCCUUGUAUCAACCGUAAGAUUUCAAUGAAACGCAUGAGCAAUAUUAAGUUUAAAGGAUUACGUUGCAAUUAUAAUAAUAUUAAAAAUGUGCAAACUCACACACACAGCCGAAAAUGUAAAAUGCGAAAACGUUGGCUUUUAUUUUAUUUUACAACAUAGAUUCUUCUAUGUAAAAAAAUAGAGAGAGAAAAAAAUUGUAAUUCUUUCUCGAAACGCUGCUCAUAACACUCAUACACUCAUUCACUCUCUUUACGAAUACUUUCGCAAAUAAUAGUUACAUUUACAUGAUCACUUCGUCGUCUCGAUCGAGCGAUCCCACAAUCCGUGUAAAAUCGCGAUUAAGCGACCAAGCUAAGUGAUAUCUAUAAUAUACAUGCAGGGCGCGUUUUUUGUAGAAACUAUAAAUAUAUAUAUAUACAUAUACAUAGACAAUAAUUAUACCCACUGUUGAAGGAUACAUAUGAUGACAACGCGUUUAUUUGGAGAUAAAAAAAAUAUAUAUAAUUCCCGAAGCGAGAUACUUUCCUCCGCGAUUAACGGAGCAAAUAGAAGUAGGUUUCUGCGAGUGUGAAUCUCUCACCCCGUAGAUGUGGAAUUAUAAUAUUAAUAGAACUCUCGUGUAUAAACGACAACACUCAUUGCGUGUGUGCAAUCCUGAAAAAAAAGAAAAGAAUUCAUGAGAAAGGAAUCCGACGUUCAACCAUAAUCUCUUUCACGGACGAUUCCUUUCAUCGUUCCUCGUCGACAAGAGAGUGAUAGUAAAGUCUAUUUUUGCAUAUAACACGUGAUAAAGAGGCUGCCGAAAUCUCUUCUAUUUGCAUCACAUAUAUGUACAUGUAUUAGCGCGAUCAUUUCUCUUUAAUAAGAAUCGUUAACAUUUUCUCUCUAAUUAACAGGUAUAAUAUGCUUUGUUAUAUCCGGAGAACGAAAUUGUUUUUGAGUUUCUAUUUCAGUACAAUUUUUCCAAUUAUACCAAUUGUAAAUUAUUUCAAGUCUUUAUGUGAAAAAGAAAUUCUACUCGAAUCUCGAAAAUAAUAUUUUUAUAUAUAGGAUGCAAAAAAUUGCUCAAGCUUAAGUUAAUCAUUUUAAAUGCGAUUUUGUUUAAAAAACGCGUGUUAUAACUUUUUUAGUUACGUUAGAUGAAGCGAACAAAUGCGAACAUUUUUUAGAGUGUGUAUGCAUUUCGAUUGUUAAUUUUUUUUUGUGAUUGUGCGUAUGUAUAUACAUUUGCACACGAAGAGACAGGCGUGAAUAGCGAGAAAUGAUCAUUUACAAUUGUUACGUCAUCUCAUCGUCUUCAUGAAGGGAAUGGAACAUUGCAAUUUGUAUAUGCAAUUGUAUAUUCGAACGCGUGCAAAAAUAUUGUUAACUUGUCCGAAACAUUUUGCGUACAAUCAUCAGUUGUCAAAUCUUGUAUAAGAGAUCUGCAAUAUUAAAUGGGAACAUUAAACGCGAGAAUUGCAAUGGA